CUGCGUCCCACUGAAAUCGAGCGUGGGCAACCUCAUAUCGUAACUCUUGUGCUGUUCAAUGAUCAUCAUGUCCCUGCGUUGGAUGACCUUGCCAGGGACAGUGUUGCUCCGCAGUUCCAAGCAGAGCGUAUAGGCACACCCAAAGAAGGCACCUUCGAGGAUGAGACUUCUGAUGAGGCCCAUGACAGUGGGGGGACCAGUGGCGAGGAGGAGGAGUCAGGAGUCGAUGAGAGCGGAGAGGCCGAAGGUGAGGACUCGGAGGAGCACGACAGUGGGGAUAGUGAUGGUGAUCGAGUUCGACGAACUGGACAAAUGGGGACUUUUUCCUCCCCCACGUGCAUAGAGCUACUUCUCCCAUGCAGGCACCGUCUACCUCUCAUGUCCGACCAACUGCAACGGCUGGAUCAAGCCUCACAAUAGACGAUGUUCAGGGCAUGUUACUGGAUCAAAGAAUUCUGUUCGAAAUGCAGCUCCGCACUGUGAAGCUCAAAAUCAUGCAGCACGUGUCCGAUGAAUUUAAAAAAUUGAAGGACUUCAUAUCCACCAUCGUCCCAGCAUCCGGCUCUACAACCACUGCAUGUGCUACUGAUGUGGACCCCGAGCCCAGACUAUUAGACUACGGAGGCUUUGCAGGCCACCACCCGUCGCCUGACGGUAUUGACGAAGACAUGGGGAUUGACAGGCAAGAGGAGGGCGGUGUGUGCAUUAAUGAAGAACACAUGGAGCCAUGCCUGGACGAGCAGGAUAUGCCACUGCCCACUGGAACCAAAAGUCUGCAAGUAAUAGCACACAUUCAGCCGUGCCCGGAGGAUCACCCCAUGCCAGAGCCCUCUACAAUCGAAGAAGUGCAACUCAAAGGGGGCCACCACCCAUCGCUGGGGACCGUGACAAAGAGCAGGACAUGCUGCCUACUGGAACCAAACAUCUGCAAGACACAGUACACAUUGAGCCAUGCCCCAACAAUGACCCCGUGCUAGUGGUCGCUGCAACGGAUGAAGUGCAAGUUCCCGCCAAUGUAGCCCGACCAGGACGGAAAGUUACGACAAAGAGACGACGAUCGACACGACUGCGACGUCUGGCACCUGCUACCAGGACUCCGUA